AUGGGCAAGUCUGGGAGCGGGAAAACUUCGAUGAGAUCCGUUAUUUUCUCAAACAAUACUGCUUCCGCAACUUCGCGUCUAGGGGCCACAAUCGAUGUUGAACAAAACCAUAUGCGCUUUUUGGGAGACCUAAUGCUUAAUCUAUGGGACUGCGGUGGCCAAGACAACUUCUUUGACUCUUACCUCUCGUCCCAACGGCAAACCAUUUUCAACGACGUCGCUGUUCUUAUCUAUGUAUUCGAUAUCGAGAUAGAGACCCGACAGCCGACCGACGCAGUUCUAAAGGAAAAAGAGAAGGACUUUGAAUAUUUCUAUCACAUUUUGGAUAAUUGUCGGUCCCGGAGCCCCGAAGCCAAGAUUUUCGUUCUAAUCAACAAGAUGGACCUGAUCUCUGGAGGAAAGAAAGAGAAAGAUGAAGCCUACAGCCGCAAGGUUCGGGAAUUGGAUACGCGGGCAAAACCUAUUAUGGGCAACACCUCACUUCGUUGUUUUGGCACAAGCAUUUGGGAUCAAAGCCUAUACAGGGCAUGGUCUCGGAUUGUCCAUACACUUAUUCCGAAUGCAAACCUACUCGCUCGACACCUGAGCAUGUUUUGUACAAUUUGCGAUGCGACAGAAGUUGUGUUAUUUGAGCGCACUACCUUCCUUAUUAUUGCUCGAAGCGGGCGUGGCGGGGAGUUUGGCGAACAAGGUGGCGAAAUCUCUGACUCGGGGGAUGAUCCAAUAAAUCCCGAACGAUUCGAGAAAAUCAGCGAGCUUAUCAAGGCGUUCAAGCUCUCGUGCAGCAAACUGCAAGAACAAUUCCACUCACUUGAGAUGCGUUUCCCACAGUUCGCCUGUUUACUGGACGUUUUGACGCCGAACACCUAUGUGAUGGUUAUCACUUCCCAUCCUAAUAUCCAACCAUCUUUGCUGAAACUUAAUGUCCGACUAGCUCGGAGCAAGUUUAAUGAGCUACAAGCAGGCCGUUUCCCAUCCGCUCCAACUACUCCUAUUUCUCCUGCUUGA